AGAGCUUUUGUUUCUCUCUCUAGCCCUAUUUUGAUUUCUAUAACAGAAGAGCUUUUGCGGGAUUCUCCCAACGACGACAGCUUUCUUACACCGUCACGGUCUCUUGUCUCCAAGUUGUCUUCGAAUUCUGCGAUUUAUUCCUCUUGUACCCAAAACGAGGAAUUUUUGAGUGAAAUCUGCGGGGAAAUAGUGGGAAAUUUAACAUUGUUGUUGAUAAAGUACUCGAAGCUUGUCUCACGAUUUUCUUAUCCAUCCUUUUUUAUGUAUAUAUUUCGUUCGUAAUAUCAUCGCCUGCAACCGAUUUCGAUCCGAAAGCGUCUGUCUUUCUCACGGUCCUAGUGUUCUUACUCGAGGCUGAGUUGUCUUCUUGAAGGCCUAGAAUUUCUAUGGGAGAGGCACCAGCUUUCCUUGUCGAUCAUCUCCUCAACGGGCAUUCCAAUGGCUUCGGUGUAAAAUCCGAAUCCGAUCACACUGAAAUGUCAGUUGAUCUCUGCGAUCGAUCCUAUGUGAUCACUCACAAUGGAAACGCAUUGUCCCUUGGGGUUCAGAUUCAUGACAAAAGCUCAAACACCUGGGUUAGUCCCACUGUGGUGGGAACAAGCCCGAAGCCCUGCAAGGGCUUCUCUGCCAUUCUUCUAGAAGAAGGUAGGAUCCUGGUUAUCAAGAAAGGUUCAGGUACUGACGACUCGAUCUGGUUCCUUGAGGUGGAUACUCCUUAUGUUCGGGAACAAAAAAAGCUAUUGGGAGCAGAGGUUGUAACAUGGAGUAAGGGUGUGACGGGCGUUGCUGAGAAGCCGAUUGUCAUAAGUGGUCCUUCUGGAGUUGGAAAGGGAACUCUCAUAUCGAUGCUGAUGAAGGAAUUCCCUUCCAUGUUUGGAUUCUCGGUGAGCCACACAACUCGAGCUCCAAGGAAUAUGGAGAAAAAUGGUGUUCAUUACCACUUCACUGAGAGAAGUGUUAUGGAGAAAGAAAUCAAAGAUGGCAAGUUUCUGGAGUUUGCUUCUGUUCAUGGAAAUUUAUACGGAACCAGCAUUGAAGCUGUUGAGGCAGUGGCAGACUCGGGGAAGAGAUGCAUUCUUGACAUUGAUGUUCAAGGGGCAAGGUCUGUGAGGGCGAGCUCUCUUGAUGCUAUAUUCAUUUUCGUCUGUCCUCCUUCAAUGAAGGAACUUGAAGAUAGACUCCGUGCUCGAGGUACGGAGACAGAAGAGCAGAUCCAAAAGAGGCUUAGGAAUGCNNNNGCGGAGAUAAAAGAGGGGAAAUCUUCCGGCAUCUUCCAUCAUUUCCUGUGCAACGACAACCUCGAGGAAUGCUACGAGAGCCUUAAGAAACUCCUGGGAAUAGAUGGAAACGCUCCGGUCAACAAUUUAGAAGCGGUGGAAGGGGUCAAUCUUCCUGCAGAGCACACUGUGUCAAAGAAGGAAGACAAGAUCUUGAUUCAAGAAACUGGAAGAGAGACGGAGAACACGGUCGUGUUGGAUAUAUCUUCUCUCAACGGAGGAGCGCCAGGCAGAACAAGAGGGAUCGCUGUAGAGGCUGUCGAAUUCAGCUGACAUAAUGGUUUUCUCUAUGCUAACUAUGGAAUUUUUUUUUUUGGAUCUUCGGAUUUAGAAGCCGAAACGGGUAAAGAGAGCAUUAGGGAGAAGGUUAAGAGUAGAUGAUGGGAUGAUAAUAUGAGUUGGCAUGUUCCAUUGAUUCUUCUUUUUUCUGUGAUUGGGAAGAUUUGGGGUUAGUGGUGAUGAUGAUGACGAUGAUAACUGCAAUGACAUGAUUUCUUUGGAGGAGAUGUGAAAUAAAGUUCGGAUCUUUUCAUAAUA